AAUUUGUAAACAUUGGAGAACGCAAUUUCAACUGGUAGGCACUGAAACAGACGCUGGCAAGGUUUCGGGAUGUCCAGAUCAGGGACGUCAAUAACAUUGGGCGAUUUUAGAAAACUUCUGAAAGAAGAUGAAUUUAUCGACUAUUUCAACAAAUUUAUAUGCCUGCCAGCAUUUGCACAAUUAGUUGUUUACAGUAAAAAGAGGCAGAGAUUCAUUCUCCAUCCUCCAUUACCAGGAAACAAAUAUUCGCUCAAUUACAACGGAUUGGUAGAAUGGUUGUGGAGGAAACGUCUAAAUCUUUUCUUGAACAGUCGUUUUUCUGGCGAAUAUCGCUUAUGCAAUUACCUUAUUCGACAUUCCUUCAUAAAAGAACGUGGUCGAGUAUUAAAGACGGAAGCUGGACGAGAAGUUCACAAAGCAUUGACAUGGUUACAAAAAAAAUGUCUCGGUCGGGUGUCAUCCAUUCGUAAGUUCCGAAAAUUUUUACGCGAAAAAAGCGAUGCUGGUGACAAACUGUAUCAGUAUUGGCUGGAUUCGGAACGCCUAUACUACAAUGUGAAGAAACGAUCGAGUUCUUCCAUGGAAGUAUUUAAUGCUAUUAAAGAGAAAUACUUUACCGGAAAUGGUGAAUCUGCGAUGCCUCAGCAUUUACUCGACCUUGCUUGGGACACUUUGCCGUCAUCACAUCGCACUCUCGGGAUUGCGAAAGACGCAAAGACAUACGACAUCACAUUUACCAUCUGUCUCCAAAGACUUUGCGCUAGUCGCUUGAAAGAUUAUUGGAUGCCUCGUUAUUUGUUGGCACAAAACCCUCUGGUUUUGAAUGAAGAAGAAGAAAGUAAUUUGAAUUUGGCUAAAAAGUAUCUGCGAGGUGGAAUUGUGCUUACUGCCGAGGAAUCGUCGUCCGAGUCAAGUACAGAGCAGUCUGAAUCAAAAAUUGAUACUGAGACAGAACGAUCUGCCGAUGAACACGUAGAAGUUACUCCGACAGACAAUGAGGAAAAGCAAGCUCAUGCCGACAAGCUCAAGUCAGAAUCCGACAGCGACAAGAAAGAGAAGUCAGAAAUCAUCGAUGACCAGAAAGUUCCGGAAUCUGAACGUAAACGAGGCCGAAAAGGCGUUUCAUUCAGCGAACACCCCCCUCCCGGAGUGUCAAGCAGCAGUUCCGAAGGCCGCCUUGAUAAAUCAGUGAAAGGUGGGUCGUCCGGUAGUGCAUCUUCAAGUGAGGACGAAGAAGAGUACAAAAGAAAAAUGGAAAAGAGAAAGGCUCGUUCGAGAGAACGUCGUGCAAAUAGAGUUACAGGUUCUCUCAAAUCUGGUGAAUCCCGGAAAGACGAUGACACCGAAAGUUCCGACAGUGGCAGUAAGGCAGAUAAGAGUGAGAAAAAGUCGUCAGGGGGUAGCGAUAGCGCUGAAAGUUGGGAAGGUGUUCAUGACAGCUAUAGAAAAAACAAGAAAGAGAAGAAGUUUAGAUUUAAAGACAGGCACAGGAAAAGAUCAAUUCAUAAACGAAAUUUAAAGUUCGAAGAAUUGUUGGUGAAAGAAUCCUAUCGAAGACCAAGUAUGUCAUCUGACCAAGUCAAACUAUUUGCCAAAGGAAAGAAAAAUAUAGAUCGACAGAAAAUCUUGCUCGACGAUGACGAGGAAGAGUUACGUCAAGCUUUCGAUGGUGGAGGACCCUUGCCAGAUUUUAAACAAGUUCCUAAACAUUCUCCAUUCGGUGGUAUGGAAAUGACAGGGGGGAAAUCUUUGCUCAAAGCGGCACUGAAAUUGCCUGGUUCAAAUAGUCUUUCGCCACCUUCAUUACCGAUGCAGGAUGGGUCGGAAAUGGAAAGACCAGACUUGUUUAACAGGUCUCCUUCUAUGUGGGAUCUAUCGUUAGAUGAACUUUCGCGAAGAAUGAAUGAAAGACAGUCUGAUGCUUCAUCUCUUGGAAGUCUCAAGUCAAUGACAAGCAGAAUGAGUUUUGGCAAAAUGGGAAAACUAAGAAGACCUUCGAGCUUAAAUCGGACUCCAUCACAAGAUUCUGUUGGAUCCAAUAUUACCGUAACUUCAGUGAAAAAACGUCGUAUCGUCGCCAAAAAUAAACCAAAAAAGAACAAAAUAACAACCCUAACUUUCAGUCUGUCCGGUGAUGCUCCAACGCCUGCCGACAAAUCAGCAAGAUCUGUCGACUCUUCAGAUUCGAAAAAGUCAAAAAAGCUCGAUCAAAAAUCUUUAAAACAAGUCAAAGAUCGCAGAACGCACAGACGCGCAACAAAACUUGCAUCUUUAACAGCCGUUAUGAUCGUGCCUACCGUGUCGCCCCGAGAAUAUACAAUGGAAAAAGACAUUGCAUAUCGGUCACGACCAGAAAAUCGAAGGCUGAUUCUCGCCCUGCAAUCUGACCAAUGCGCCUCACAGCCAUUCCGCACGUUCCUUGUGACGACUGACAACGAAGAAAUGGUUUCCUAUCUCAGAUUCUGGUUAGACGUGGAAAAAACAAGACAAGAUUUUCAAUAUGGGAAUAUGUCGUUCAAUAGUUUUAUGCAGUCGAUGCAAUCAAUAGUUACUCAAUAUCUGUUGCAUACGUCUCCUUGUCGAAUCGAAGCUCCAGAAUCCCUUCGAGAAGAAGCGAUUAUGAAUUGCUUGUCUCCUGAAAUGCAAGAAAUGCCAUGGCAAAUCAGAAAAUUACAGAAGGAGGUUAUGGAAGAUUUAAAGUAUGCACACGAAGCAUUUUGUCAGCAAGAAACACAAUCAUUUCUCAACGCAGCGGCUUUUAAAAAGGACGAAAUGCGUCAGAGACCACCGUUUUUGCCUCCAAUUGGCAAAUUGGGAAAAGACACUUACGACUUAAGCACCUCAUUUGAUAUGGAAGAGAAUUUCCAAAUAGAAAUGAAUUCAAGAAUGUCGAGGUCACUGCGACUUAUAAUUGAAAUUAAUUUGCCAGAUGGUCGGGAUCCUUGUAUUACUGAUCGAAUAUCCAGUGAUGAGAGUGACGAUGACGGAUGCGUUGACCCUCCACCUGAACCAAAGUGCAUUCGAAAACCUCCUGUAGAUUUGAAGGAAUUGGCUGCGCGUUCAGUAAAGCAAUAUCCAGAUCCUACCAAUCCACUCGGUCUGCAAACUUCCGUUAAAAUUCAGUUUGAUAGAAGACUUCAGUCUGCAACUCUUUAUCAUCCUUUGAAAAAAGGAGGACAACUUAUGAAACGACCUGUCAUACGACCCAAGCAUUUCCAAGAAGUUCUGAAAGAUACAGUUCACUUUCAAUUCUUCAAAAGAUAUUUGAAAGCUCAUCGUGCUGAUCUUGCACUGAGUUUCUGGAAUGCAGUGGAAAAUUUAAGAAUUGCUGAUAAAUUAAAAUCUAGACAAGUGAAAGCCCGUGGUAUCAUCAAAAAAUAUUUUCACAAUCCGAAGGUUCCAGCAACUAAAUUACUUCAAUGCAACGCAGAUAUUAUCAAAGAAAUUCCCUAUUUGGAUGUUGUAACAACAUCAAUGUUAUUUUCUGCGCAAUCUAUAAUCGGGCGUGUCCUUGAAGAACGUUGGUUCAGAAGAUAUGCAGAAACGUUCGAAGAGAGAACAGUCUAUCCAUCGGAUCUGGAAAUAACGGAUAAGUCGUACAUCGCAAGAACCCAAUUGUCACGAAACAGGAGACUGAAACAUAUCUGGGUUGUUUUCAAUGAUUUUAUCAAACGGGCAGCGUCCUUUCUUCGUGCAAUGAGGAAGCCACAUAUGUUUGAAAUGUUUGAAAAAUAUCUCGAACGUGAAAUUGAAAACGAAGAUGUUAGAUAUCGACAUCCUAACAGCGCGGGACCUUCGGAGUUUAUCGCGAACAGAAGUGAAAGCACAAUAGUUCCUUAUAUGUUUUAUCGACACGAAGACGAAAAUGAUGGAGUAAAACAGCGUGUUGUUAACGGACAACUCAUUACUUUCAAUUUCUUACCAAACGAUUUACAUUUUUGGAGAGAUAUAGAAUGUUAUAAAUCAAUGGCGAAUUCGUGUGAUGAAAGCGGAAGUCGUUCGAUAAAUUUAGAACUUGAAGGGAACAUGCUAAAAACAAAAGCAAAUUUAAUUGUUAGCUGUUACUUAGAAUCCGACAUUCCUCCGAAGCUAAGGGUAAAUGUGCCACCAGAAGUAGCUGAUAUUACAAUCGAAUCACUUCAAAACGGAUUAAUCGACAGAGGUCUGUUUCAUGAAGCUACAAUUUAUGUUUUCCCCUUGCUGCUUCAUUUCUGGAAAAGAUUUUGUGCUGAACAUUAUCGAUAUGUCCCGACAUUGUCAAAGAAACAUAGAAUGAUAUACGGAUUGAAGAUGACCCCGGUUAUUGCCGAAGAAAUGAGAAAUAAGAAGAAAGGUCUUGAACAAGAAAAACCAUCUGAUCGCGGUGAUCAAACGCAGGCUUCACCUAAGAAGAAGAAAUCCAAGUCGAAAAGACUUGCAACUGCUGAUUUACCCAAUUACUUGGAUAUGGAUUCCAGCAAAUUUACAAAAAAACGAGGAUCUCCAUUUGGAUUUGACGACAUGGGUCCACGUUUGACGUUUUCAAUACGACGUGGUGUGACAUUGAUUGAACCAAUACGACGCAGGAAACUCACUGUGAUGAAACCAGGAGGCAGUUUAGAUUCUCGAUUGAUGCAGGAAUCGAUUCUGGUGACGAAUUUAUUGCCCAAGCCCAAGAAACCUGCCAAUGAUAUACCGUUACCGCCCAUGAGAACCAGCAGAAGAGCCGGGGUAUUGGACGCUGGCCUAUUGCAAAGUUUCGCCGACCAAUCGUUCACCUUCUUAGUAGAAAAGGAUGACGUUUAAUCAGUUCGCUAAUUGUAAACAAUAGAAUCAUUCAAAAAUAGUUCAAAUAAUAUAAUUCAAAUUUAAUCAGAUAAAUAUAGAGACGAACCACAAGUUUUUUUUUGUUUUCAUAUGAUGAUAUUCCGGUUAACAGAUGUGUGCGUCAAAAAAAAA